GACUAUGAGUUAGUAUUUGUGAGAUCUUUAAUGGAUUCAGGCCCCAUCUCAACUCUUACUGCAGAAGAAUUGCAGUUUCGUUUCCAGUCAAGUAACAUCCUUCCAGCUGUGAUUUCUGACAAAUUGUUCGCUGCUGACAUUGACGGACAAUGCCUUAUUUGUUUAAAUGAAUCAAAUGUAGAAGGACUUGGACUUGGGCCACAAAAUGAAACUGCUAAAUUACGUUAAAACAAUCAAACAACUUCAAGAGCAAGAGGAAUUGGCCAAUGUUGUCAUUGUUGAUCCCGGACCGAUUUUAGAAAUUGAGGCAGUUGUUAACGAAAAUCAAUUAUUAGACAUAGUUGUACCUGCUGAACCUUCAAACAACAACGGAACCUCCAACAGAGAUGUUAACGUCAUCGAAAUUUUAAACGAAACUGACGAAGGAAAUAUGAUUGUUGGACCCUAUAUGGAACGCCUUGAGGCUUUCAUUACCGAAGUCGAGAGGAUAACAAUUGUCCAGAUCCUUGUGAACAACUUGGUGACAAAGAAUGGCAAACUUGAUUUGUUUCCACCAACAGAACAAAGAACCACGUGCUUUAAUCGCUUUAAUCUGUCUUUCUUAUAUUUUGACGUGUUCUCAAUACAGAUUACUUGAGUAUUA